ACACCCAGAGAGAUCCCUAAACCCCCAGAGAGCCCCCAGACCUCCCUGAGCUCCCAACCCCCCAAACCCCAGAGACUCCGACCUAGAGAGACUCCCCAGACCUCCCUGAGCUCCUCCAUCCCCUCCACCCCCUCAAACCCCCUAAACCCUCACAGACCCCCUAAGCCCUCACAGACCCCCUAA